CCGACUGAACUUUUAUUUUGAAACUUAUAAGCGGAUGUUGUUGUCAGCUGACUGUACACCCUCCUCGCGUAUUUCUUUUGCAUCGUCUCACCCUCAAGGUUUUUCUUUAUAAUUUAAAGCAAAUAUUAUUAAAAUGUCAGCGAAACCAACGUGUUUGAUAGUGGCGAGUGCUUCUUCUCAAGGGGUGUCUGCGAAAUCUUUCCAUCAGUCCUUCAGCCUUUGUAGUCCGGUCUUUAACCUACAGACAGCCACACCAGGGGGGAAGCCAAUAUACUUUGUUGGGGUUGAUGAAAGCACAGCUAGAUGGGUGCAGGACUUCAGUGUGAAACCCUACGCAACACCAGCCAAACUUGAAUCCAUAGAUGGUGCCCGAUACCAGGCACUGCUCAUCCCACACUGCCCUGGAGCGCUGAAUGACCUGGCACACAGCGGCUCUCUGCACCGCAUUCUCGCGCACUUCAUCUCUCAACAAAAGCCGGUGUGUGCAGUGGGACAGGGAGUGUCUGCACUGUGUUGUGCCACUGAGGGACAGAGGUGGAUUUUCAGUGGCUACAGCUUAACAGGGCCUUCAGUGUUUGAACUGGUGCGGGAACCUGAUUUUGCCAACCUGCCCUUGAUUGUAGAAGACUUCGUGAAAGACAGCGGUGGAUCGUACACAGCAAGUCAAGAAGAUGCCAUGCAUGUGGUCGUAGACAGGCACCUCAUAACUGGACAGAACAUGCAGUCAACCUUGCUCGCUGUAAAUAAUCUAAUCCUGCUCUGUAAUGCCAAAUAAAAACCUGAAAUAAUA